AGCGCGCGCCUCGACCUGCAUCAGCUUUAUGAGUUAUUACGUCAGACACCGAGCACGAGCCGAACACGCAUCCUAACGCGGUUAGAAAGGGUCGAAAUAUAAAGCUUCCUGUUCCACAGCGGAAAAGUUACAGAAAUAUUAGAUUUUUAUAUUAAGGCUUGUGACUGUGAUUAGGGGGAAUCGUGCGCCAGAAAGGACAUGAUGUCAUUUUCAGGUGUGAUGGAGAAGAAGUUGACUGAGGAUGAGCACGCAGACUGUGGUGCAGGAGCGACUGGGCAAGACUGGACCAGUCUAUUGUCAACUACAAGCAAUUUCCUGCAAGACCCCUUCCUCGUUUCUGUUCACAUCAUAACAGAUCCAGGUGAGGCACAAACACUUCAAAGUGCUGCAGACCAACUCCUCUCCCUCCUCCACCCACAACUAACCCUCUUCAAAGUGUCAGAGCGAGCAGAAAGACCCCAACUGAGAUCACGGUGCUUUACAGACCACCAUCUAUCUCUUCGUCCAUGCCUGUCAAUCAUCCUUUUCCUGCAAGAAGAUUGUUUAGCAGAAGUAAGCUAUGAGCAGUUGCUAAGGCGCCCUCCAUGGCACUACCAUCACACAGAGCAAGUAAAAAACGUAACAUUUUCCCCAACAAUGCAGGAUUUCUUUAUGCUAGCGCCCGGUACACCGCUCUGGGCACUGCGGCAGGUACAUUAUGGAAAGGAGAUUGUACGAUUCACUAUACAUUGUAGGUAUGAGACCUACAGUGAUCAGGUGCGUCUCUACAGAUUGCUUCUGCGUCGCCCUCUAGCACAGAGCAAUCGGCUUUAUACCUUCUGUGUGGUCUACUCCAAUCACCACAUGGAGAUUCAGCUAUCAUUUAAGCGGUUGCCACGAGGACAGGAACCUACCCCUACAGAAAGCACCUUUAUGGAGAUACGUGUGAGAAAUAUGGGUGGGCUCAUACCACUUCUGCCCCAUCCUUGUAGACCAAUCAGUAGCAUUCGUUGGCAAACAAAGGACUACGAUGGAAAUAAGAUAUUGCUUCAGGGCUCACCAGAACAGUCAAGGGACACCAUUCCCUCCUGUCCAAUCUUAGAGACUCCCUCUUCCUCACCAUUAAAUGGUUAUGUCUCUAAUCGGAAGAAUUGCUUCCAAAGCACCUCCCACUCUCACACUGAGAAUCCACUCGUGCAGACGUCAUUGACUCCCCUACCACUACAGUGUAAGCAAGAGAACAUAGAGAGUGUUCAGUGUAACCAGGAAACUGUGUGUGCUGGAUGGACAAAUCUCCACACUCACUCCCUGAUCUCUAUGGCAACAGAAGCGUUUCAUUCAGUAAGCACCUAUCCCUCCACCUCUCGUCCCUGCAGUUCCAUCUCUCUUACAAUGCCACGGUUCCGGAUAAACGUAGACACACUAGUGGGAGCAGAAGAGACUGAUGUAGACACGGGACAAGCAGUAAUCAGCAGAUCUGUAGAUCUCUCUGUGGUAUCAGCUUACUUGCUUCCACAAACACAAAUUCAUUCAAAAGCAAAAGUUCCACAGCCUCUUUCUGAGCGUCCACAGAUGUUCAACAUCACAUCAUCACUAAAAUCCUCAGAUAAAACAGCAUCACUUCCAAAAAGUGUAUGUACUCCUCAAGACAAUUCAAAGUGGAAUCAGAGCAACGGCUCAGGUAUAAAUAAAGACUGCACAAAAGAGGACAAGCAAGAGUUUUUCAUCUGAUGCACAAUCACUGCACAACGAAACUUUCAGUCAUCUUCAAUGACCACUUUAUAAUGUUUAGAGCCAUUGCAGAUCUGGAGACUAUAAAACACAUUUAAUUCCAUUAUUGAAUGUAGACAGUAAUAAACAAUAAAUACACUGUAUUAAACAGGAUAUCAGAUGACUGCUGCUGGAAAGUGAAAUUAUCAAAUGCAGCAUAUAACAUUAUAUAUUGUGACUCCUGUCUGAUGGAUGGUUGACCUCUGUUUAAAGGAUCUGUUUACUUAUAUAUUCACUUUGUAAAUAUCUUUAUUUGGGCAGGCUCUGUUUUAUAUAUAUAUGCAAAAAAUCGUGCAAAUAUUUACAAAUGUUAUUUAAUUUUUGAAUGUUGAAGCUGUCACUGGCAAUUAAAAGAUGUCUAUGUUAAAAUAUAAAAUAUAUUUUGGUUUGUGUUGAGGAACAAUAAUGCUUGCAAUAAACAUUUAUUUGUUAGCAUUUGUAUUUGUACAUAGAAGAUUUAUUUUAUUAUGAUUUUCAUGCACUGCAUUUUCAUUUUUUUUUGGACAGAAACAAGCAGGGAGUUAAACUAGAAAAAAUGCUUAUACAUGCGAUACCUCACUCACUCAUGUCAAAUCUUUGGAAUAAACAGACAAGACAUUAUUUUAACAUACUCAUGUAAUUGCAUGUCAUUUAAAAUAUGGUGUAAAGAAAUCAAGAAAGAAAUAGUGUAUAUACUCUCAUAUGCCAAGAAAUAAAUGUACUCCCCUCACAUAAAGAUUUGUUUUAGUGCCAAUAUUAGAUCAUUUGGAUUUUUAAAGAAUUUUUAAAGAAAAGUUUUUUUCAGCUGUUGGCUGUUGGCGCUUUAUUAAUGUCUAUAACUGCCACCGACUUUAUCCAGAUUUAUGUCUUUAUUCUUUGGGAAGAAAUUGUCUGGUAAACAUUAAAGAUUAUUUGUCCAAAUGCCUAAUAGUUGUGGAAACACCUGGUAUUUUUUUAAGACACAUACAUGUUCCUUUUGUUUUAUAUGCAACAAACUUGUUAAAAAGGGAAAUAACAGAAGAAUUGCACAAUUAAUUAUUGAAAGAAUGUUCUGUGGACAGAGGAGUCCAAUUUUGACAUUUAGUGCUCUAAUAAAACUUGUGUAAAAUAGAGAACAGAGAGAUGGAGGGAAGGAUGGAGAUUUAUGUGUCAUCUUGGAGGUGUGUUUGGGGUCGUUUUCAUGUUGGAAAACGUUGGAAAACCCAGUUUCUGAAGGAAGGCCAUCAUGUUCUGCUUCAAAAUGUCUCAUUACAUGUUGAAAUCAAUGUUUCCCUUCUCUAAAGUACUGCUGCAGCACUCAUGAGUAUGUUUUUUGAAGUAGCUUCUGCACCUGACACACAGCACGAAGACUCAACUUCUUCGAUGGACCCUUGCGAGGCCUGUUCCGAGUGGAACCCGUCUUGACACUAAUGAUCUCAUCAUGGUUUCAUUAUUUCAGUCUUAAAGGGAGGUAUGGGAGUGCAGUGUGUGGUGGUGCUUUAAUCACAGCUUCACUACUCCAGGUGGAGAUCAUCCAUGGACAUUUUCAGACUGCACCAUCCUCUCAAACAGUUUACACCAGGGAUCACCAACAUGGUGCACCAGGUCACCCGCAAGGACCACACAAAUUGCCCACGGGCCUAUAUGGAAUAUGGAAGUACGGGGAAUACUAGUGGUUGGAAGUCUGGUAGAUCUCUUACGGCAACAUCGGGACCUUAUAAAGGGGAAAGGUGAUGGGUAACAGGUGUAGGUGAUGCUGAGUGAGAGAGCUGUGCGUGUGAAUUUUAAAAAUGACAAUAUUAAAAUAUAGAUGAAGAUCAUUAAUUAUUAACAUCAUUGAAGGUAAAUUGAGGAAAUUUGUUAUUUCAGAAGUGUGUAUUAAACUGGUAGCCAUUUACAUUAAUCGGUACCCAAGAAGUAGCUCUCGGUUUCAAAAAGGUUGGUGACCCCUGGUUUACACAGUGAUCAAACUGCACCAGAUUUGCUAUAUAUUUUGCUCAAACCAUUUAAAUCCACUGAGUGACUAAUAUCACACAUUAGAUCAAAAGGUUUUGUAGAAAUUGGAUUAUUGCAUUAAAUAGUAAAAAAAAAAAAAAAAAUCAAUUUUCAACUCAAUUCAGUUACACUUAAAAAUGAAUAAGAUGUUCUUUAGAUCACCACGUUAUCUGUGAAAAAGCUGCUUUAAAACAAUGUUCACAAUAGAAAUAAAAAUGAAUUAAAUUUAAAAAAGUUAAUAUUAUAGCUACAAAGAAUACUAAAGAACUUAUAAUUUUUUUUUGGGGUGCAUAAAGACAAACUUCCUUGUUCAACCUUUAAUAUUGGCAAAAAAGCAGAAAAAUUUAGAAUUCACAAUGCUGUAAAAAGCAAAAGUUUCUGAAACCUAUACAGAGUAAAAACACAAAAAUGUACUGUUUAAGAUUAUCCCAAUGUGUUUAUUCAGCUAGAGUGUUCACCUGUUCAUGUUUUUAACAAGAAUAUAGUCAACCAAGCAA